AGUUUCCAACGGAAUUUUCGCGGUUCAACUUGUUUUGUUCGGCGCUUCGGCUUUUUCGUCGCCAGAAUCAAAACGAGACUCAAGAUGGUGUAGUUCGCACGGAGUGCAGGCGUUGUUUGUGAUCGUUGAAAGUUUAUUUUGUAGGGGAAAUUCAGUGAAAUUCGUUUGAAAUACGUAAAAACUAGUGAAUAAGAUACGAUUUAUCCAGUGGCCAUUGAAAUUUCGGUGUGAAGCAGGAAAUUAGCAGUGAAAAAGUGAACUGAAAGCUCCGAUCGAAGCAAUCCACGCCUCGAAAGUCGUCCGUUGCCUUGGCAGGGAAGAAGAAAGUGCGUUUGAUCCUUGCUGGAGGACACCUGGCCUUGGGGUGGAAAAAAGAGGACAAUGGCACUAUUGAGCGGGGCUCGGUUGUGUGUGCUGCGGAAGAAGGGCGAAGGCUUCAUCUGCGAGGUUCCCAUUCGGACCAACCUGGUGACCAUCGGAUUUGAUCUGCACUGUACCGUUCGGCUCAAAAGUGAGCUGACCGAGCAGCUGCACUGCAAAAUAUUUGUCCGGAAUAAAAAGGUGACGAUUGCGAACUAUUCCACAAAAAAUCCAAUUUCUGUUGACGGAAGAGUAAUUACCAAGAGAGGUCUCUUGCACGACGGCAGCACAAUAGAAGUGUGUGGAACGCGCUUCCGCUGGCAGUUCGAUGAAUCCCUUCUGGCAAACCGGUUGGAGAAAUCCAAAAAGAUCCCAUCAACUCCGACCAGCUCCAAGUUUGGCUCACGCCGGCGCACUACGAUGGUGCCGAAAAAGGUGCAGCCCACUGAAGAAACGGCGGCUGUUGCCGGACCUAGCAGGAAAUCCGGUCCCAAAAAGACCCAGAAGCAGCCAACGUAUACUUUGCCGAAGAGCAAUAAGCAGUUGAUGAAAAAGAUCAAGAAGCGAUUCACGAUGCACAGUGUAAUUGUAGAUCACGAUUUAGAGGAAGAGGACGACGAAGAAGCGGAGGAAGAAGAAACUGAACAGAAUGAGAGUAACGCAUCGUUAUCCAAAGCUGUUGACCCAUCAUGCGAAACUCCCAAGAAGUUGACCGCACCUGAUGUAUCGAAGAACAAUACUCCGUUUUACACACCAGACCCGGAAAAAGAAAACCAAACACCAGUGACGGUUGGAAAAACUCCUGGAACUCCAAAACCGCUCGCAUUGGAAAACUCUGCCAUGAUGAUCUUGUCCUAUACGCCCGUAAUUGGUCCUCGUGCCAAAACGAACCUACAGAAAACACCGUUAUCGAAAAAGAAGGCCGCAACACCGCUGGUGCAGUCGGGUUUUCUGACACCGAAAAACGAAAACAUUUCUAUGAACAGCACUCCAGCCAAAGGCGGUCAAAGUGUGGCCAAGGGGGGAAACUCUAUGUACCUUAUUGAUCUUACGUCGCCAACAUCCGCUAAUGACAGUAGCUUCGUCUACAGUCAGUCAGAUGGAUCGUUUUCAUCGUCAGCUGGUCUGAUCGAUCUUACGACUCCUCCCUCGAAAAAGUUGAAAACUCCGUCGUCUACGGUGGUCCGAUCCGCUCAGAAAGGUUUGCUGCGGUCGGCAUUGAAAAACGCCAGCAAAACGCCUCUCAGUGCUUUGCGUUCUCGCUUGGCGAAGGACACCCCCAAGAGUGUCAGCAAAAUUAGGUUAGAUGACUCUAUUGCCAAGACUCCAGUAACGCCGGCAAAGGGCCGUACCGGUAGCCGACCAACAACUCCUGCGAGUGCGACUUCCGGUAAAUUGCGAAGUCAUGCAGGAACACCGGUGGUUGAUUCUCCCAUCGUGUCCGUCGGAACUUGCAAACCGGAAACACCAAUUGCUGCCUCAACGAGUCAUGAUAAAACGCCAGAGCCGGUUAUGACUACCGAUGAACUGUUCGACACCUUGGUUGGCAGACCGUCUGUAACGAAGACCUAUACCCGAAAAUCGGAAUCCCCGAAAAAAUUGCCUUCGCCAUUGGUAGCUGUUGAAGGUUCAAGCGAUUUGCCAAAAACAGAUGUCGAUCUUUGGGUAGAAUCGGUCGUAGCUGCGGUCACUAGUCCGGAGCCGCUGGAAUCGUUCAUCAAAAAACCGAACCGUACCACCCAGGUCCGAUCAUCCCAGUACUCCGACAUUACUCCUCAUGAUUCGUUUGCAGAUACCCAAAAUGCAGCGUCCGUCGAUCCCCCAGAAGUGACCAAUGAAGUAGAAAAUCCGACACCAGUAGACGACGAUGAACUCAACAACAUGACAGACAAACCGAGCAUUCCCCACGUCGCACGAAAAAGUCAUACGCCACUCGCCAGUAAGAUCGUUCGAUCGUUGGGAAAUAAACGACAAACGAUUGGAAACUUUUUCACGAACAUGUUCGGCAAAUUGACGGUCAGUCCCGUCACCAGAGUGAGCAUCACCGAUGACAAUCACAGCGAGAAAACGAUGGAAGAUCUGGAUCGCAACUCAGAACACGGAUCUGACGGAUCGGAGGAAGUUUACCACGACAGCGAAUCGGAUCAUCCGCAGGAGCCAGAGAAACCUCCGGAACCAAUGAUCAAUCCUAGCCCGAAGCUACGCCAAUCCCUGAGGGAUACAAGAAAGUUUAUUGGAAAUGCGUUAACAUCACUGAAUACGUCCAGACUAACGAUGGAUGACAAUACGGCAGAAAUCGACGAGAGCCUUCUGUUGAGUGACACCUAUGAGGACAAUGCCAAUCAAACGGAAGCUGCCGAAGAGAAUUACGAUCUGACGGAUUUGAGCGCUGUCCCCGAUGCAAGUGCCAACGAUCAAUCGAAACUGACCACACCCGCCAAGUCCGCUAGGAAAACUCUCUCACGGGACUUCCGCGCGGAAAUAUCUCCCAUGGUCGGUAGUGGUGGCCGAUUCGUCCGACAGGUACAGACGCCGCUAUCUGUUUCGACACCAGCCGGGAAAAGAAGAAGCACCCGACAGCAACAGCAGAUAGCCGUGGAUAUCAGUCCUUUGGCUGUUCCCAUACAAGGUACGCCAGUGAAAAAUCCACUGCGAAACGAAGCGGAUACACCCGAGUUGCCCGUGGAACAAGAAACUUCAAUGCACGAAAACGGCGAACCUCAGGCGUCAUCGUUCACCGUUAGUGAAAGCGAAAGUGUUCAUCAACUUGAUUCUGUAACUGAGACAGACCAGACUUCUCCGAUGGAUGUGACACCGGAAGAUAGUACUACCGAAACAUUGAACCAGUCUGGUGUGGAAACAUCCACCGUAGCUAGGAACGUCAUGAGCUCUGCCGAAGAAACGAUCGACUCAAGUUCUCGUAGCACUCGUCUGUCUAAGAGAGUGUCCAGGAGCUCGAACGUCAAUGUAUCUCAGCAUGAAGAUCUAUCGAGUGUCGGGGAAGAAUCCGCUCCGGAUGUAACAUCAGUCGAUGAAAGCAAUCUGAGCCGUUCAAAUUUGACUGCAUCGAUUCUUGAACAAGACCAGCAAGACAAUCAAAUUGAUUUGUCCAACCCUAACGAUAUUGUACCGAACGCUGAAGAAUCUACCCCACCGCCUACUGAUCGCCGUGCUUCAAGUCGACAUAGUGUUGCCGUAUCGGCAGGUACACCUGCUACAGCUGUCCAACGAAGAAGAACGACAACUGCUUCGUCAACUCCGCAACCCGAGAUCAGAUCCGCAAAGCGUAAUGUCAGACAAUCGAUCGCAGGUAUGAGUGUAACGCCGGAUUCAGUCGAUAAAGGCCAUGUCGAUCAAACGAUGCCCCUGAGCGAAUCAAAGUUACCUCUGCGCUCUCCGUUACCGAAGAACAGUGAACCCUUGAACGACUCUUCAGGAGGUAAUGAUUCAAUCUCUGGGACGGUAACGCAGGACGUUGCCGAGAAAGAGGCAGUUGAUUCGGAACCCGAUGUAACCAAUGUGGACAGCUCAGUCGUAUCCAUUGCGGAUUCACCCGCGAUUCAGGAUUCUAGUCUGUCAGCAGUCGUUCCUGAAGACGACCAACAACCGGUGGAUGCAUCAACACUAGAGCAAUCUACUGUUUCCGAAGCGGUAGAACCAUUGGAGGACGAUCAAGAAGAUUUGUCGAACAGUGGUGAUAAUGAACCGAAUGCUGAAGAAUCUACCUCGGCUACUAAUCGUCGUGUUUCAAGUCGACAUAGUGUUGCUGCAUUGACAGGUUCACCAGCUGUACCUGUCCACCGAAGAAGAACGACAACUGCUUCAUCAACUCCCCAAAUCGAGAUCAGAUCAAUGCGGCGUGUCAGACGGUCGAUUGCAGUUAUAGGUGUUACGUCGCCUUCAGUCGAUAAAGGCCGUGUUGACAGAACCAAUGAACCCUUGAACGCAUCCUCAGAGGGUAAUACUACGAUCGCUGGAUCGAUAACAGAGGACGUUGCCGAAACAGAGACAGUUGAUUCGGAAAAAGAUGUAACUAAUGUCGACAGCUCGGUCGUAUCCAUUGGGGAUUCACCCGCUAUCCAAGAUUCAAGUUGUGUAUCAGCAGUUGCUUCUGAAGAAGACAAACAAUCGAUGAAGGUAUCAACACUAGAAAAAUCGACCGUUUCCGAAGCGGUACAAUCAUUGAAAGAAGAUCAAGCUGAUUUGUCGAACCCUAACGAUGCUGCACCGUAUGCUGAACAGUCUAGCCGACCCACUGAUCGCCGUGUUUCAAGUCGACAUACUGUUGCUGCAUCGGCAAAUUCAACAGCAACCGCUGUCCAGCGAAGAAGGACGACAACUGCUUCAUCAACUGCGCAACUCGAGAUCAGAUCCAUGCGAGGUGUCAGACGUUCGAUCGCAGUUAUGGGUGACGUUGCAGGGAAAGAAGCAGUUCAUUCGGAACAGGAUGUAACAAAUGUCGAUACCUCGGUCGUAUCCAUUGUGGAUUCACCCGAGAUCCAAGAUUCUAGUUGUAUGUCAGCAGUUGUUUCUGAAGACGACAAACAACCGAAGGAUGAAUCAACAUUAGAGCAAUCAACUAUUUCCGAAGCGGCUCCUGAAUCACCCGUUCGGCAAGGCAGGAGUUCACUCAGGACUCCUCGAACGCCCGUAACGGCCAGCAGUAACAACGAGCGACUAAGCAUGACAGUUGAAAAGCCAAUGCGGAAACCUGCCAACGGAACGCCACUGCUCAGGAAAGCCAUCUUUGCCAUGUGUACUCCCACGCGGACAUCCCGUAGCAGCGUCACUAAGGCAGUCGUUCCUCAGGAAAGUACCCCGAAGCGAGUGUCACGUUCCGCAAGCCGGGCAACGAUUGGUGAGUUGGCGUCAUUCAGUGAGGCUACUCCGUUGAAAGCUGAGGAAGAAUCUGCAGACACGAUUGCCGUGGAUCGCAUGCCAGAAGAGAUGGAAGAAUCUGCGUCCGUUUCAACACCGAUAAAAACUGCAUCGCGGACUCGAGGAAGCGUUUCAAAUGCUGGAACACCGGUACAAACGACCGUGUCUAGUACAACUAAAACGCCAGCAUCUGUGAGAAGGUCGCUUAUGACUCCAAAAGCGGACAUGCCCGCAACACAACUCACAGAAUUAGCCACACCCUCCAGGGACAGUCCCGCCUCAGAAUUAAUCACCUCGAACAAAAAUGCUAGAAGAGCAUCCCGUCGGUUGACCAUCGCUAAGGAAUCCACACCCGCUCGUCAAAGUCUGAUUCAAACGGAAACCGAAGCUCACUAUGAAUCUAACGCAACCGAAGUUUUGAAUGAGCUCGAACAACCACUGCCAGACAAGUCUGCGGAACAACAAGAACCAAUUGUGACGGUUGAGUUGUCUGAUUCAAUGGUGGUUGCUUCCCCGGUUAAACAGACUCCACGGUCUAGGCGAAGAGAUUCUGCUGCACAAAGGCCAGCUUCAAUGAGAAAGCAGGCAGGCGAUAGUGUAGUCGAAAAGAGUAUGGUUGUCCAUGAUUCUGCAAGCUUACCAGCCGAAAAGGCAACCACCGAACAUUCGCCGAACCAAUUGAUUCAGAACGUUUCACUUGAUGGCACGAAUGUCUCAGAUGACAUCCACGUGGAAGAGAGUAGUGGCAUUUUGCCUGACCCGUCCUCAAACGACGGCACACUUCACGAAACUGCAGCGGAUGUAACACCGAUAAAGCAUACGCCACGCACACGAGGAAGGCCUUCAAAACCCGAUACGCCUGUAUCUACUCCUGCUUCGGUGAUGUCCAAACAAGCGAUCGGUAUCAAAACACCAUCGUCUGUUAGAAAAUCCAUGCUAAAAACAUCGCAACUGCUGGAACACAUCCCUGAAAAAGCGGUUGAACAGGACGAUAUCGUAGACACCACCACGGAAGCUGUCACACCGGCAAAGGCCAUCGAUACUUCGCGCUUAGAGUUGACUCCGAGCAGCACGUCUCCCGCUACGCCGGCUGGGUUGGACGUGGUUUUCAAAACUCCACGACCGGUUCGCGAUACACGCAUGUCGCUGGCUACGCCGAAGAAAACACCUGCAACUGUCGUGCCUGCUUCUGAUCAAAUGGUAAGUCAAAAUACAGUUGGUCGGAGAUCUGCCAGACGCAGCACUUCUGGUGCGGUCGAUUCUCCUUCUGUGACUGAGGUCGACACCAACGGAGUCCCCCAGUCUGCUGAACGCUCCAGUUCAUCUGUCAGUGACAAAACUACGCCGACAAACGUGGUUGUUUCUCCAUUUGUGGUGGAAGAGACGCCAAGAAAAACUAUUUCACCCUCGGAGGAUGCAACCACUACCUCCGUCGAUUUAUGCCCGGAUCUGUUGAAGCAUCUUUGCGAGCGAGUCAUCACCUUGGAGCACGCGAUGGAGAACCUGGAAGAUCCAUCACAACAAUCGCUCGAGAUCACGGCAGCCAACAGCACGGACAAUUUGGAAGGAAUCAAACAUCUACUGGAAACACCAGCAGCAACAUCUACGGUUCGCAAUAAGUUGCGUUCUUCUACCGCAGUUGGGGGUUCGAACGACACUGUCGAUUUAGAAGGCGUUGGACAACUGUUGAAGUCCCCGUCUGCAGAGAAGUCGUCUUUGUUGCAGACCUCGGUAGUCGCUCCCGAAACUAGAAAAGCGCUACGAUUGUCGGCGGCAUCCACCGAACAUAAUGAAAGCAGCAAUUUGGACGCGAGUUCAAAGCUUCAUCUCGCUGAAGUAAGUAUCGGCAGCUCAGUUGACGACACUGCGAACGCUACUACGGACUUGGAAGGGGUUCAACAACUGCUGAAGACUCCUUCUGCAGUGACAAACUGUUCGAUCAACCUGGAAGGAGUUCAACAGCUGUUGAAAACUCCUAAUGCAAACGCCGCCUCAGUGUCCGUUAGAAGUCGUAAUACGAGGAGUUCAACAGCCGCUUUGGACAGCACUAUGUAUCUGGACGGAGUUCAGCAGCUACUGAAAACUCCGGCUACAUCUGUUGCAAAAAUACUUCCCUCAGCGUCGAAGUCUAGCGCUACGAAUGAAACAAAUUGCGAUGCUUCCUCUGACAUGGAAGGGGUAGAGCAGAUGUUGGCAACUCCAACCGCAAGCAUCGUCUCCCUGUCGGAGAGGACUCGUACUACGAGGCGUUCAACCACUCCGUUGGAUACCACUAUGCACCUGGAAGGGGUUCAACAGUUACUGAAAACUCCUAUUGUUGCGCGGGUAUUGCCUAACGAUUCUUACAACUUGGAAGGAGUUCAACAAAUGUUAAAAAGUCCAGCUGCGUCUGUUUCCAAGAAACCUGCUAUGGAUGACACCGGCAGCAACGAUACCUUAGAUUUAGAAGGGGUAGAACAGAUGCUGGCAACUCCAAACGCAAGUGCGGUUUCCGUGUCGGAGAGAACUCGUACUACAAGACGUUCAACUACUCCAUUGGAUACUACUAUGCACCUGGAAGGAGUUCAACAGUUACUGAAAACACCUAUUGCGCGGGUAUUGCCAAAUGAUUCGUACAACUUGGAUGGUGUUCAACAAAUGUUAAUGACUCCUGCUGCGUCUCUUUCCAAGGACCCUGCUGUUAUGAACAACACAGGCAACGACACUACCUUAGACAUGGAAGGAGUGCAGCAAAUGCUGUCAACUCCGAACGCUAGCGUGGUCUCCGUGUCCCAGAAGACUCGUAGCACAAGUUGUUCAACAGCUGGAUUGGAUAACACUAUGCAACUGGAAGGAGUUCAACAGCUACUGAAAACACCCGUAGUUGCGCGAGUAUUACCGAACAAUUCGUGCAACUUUGAAGGAGUUCAACAGAUGUUAAAUACUCCGUCGGCGUCUGUUUCCAAGAAGCCUCCUGCUAUGGAUGACAGUAACUCUACCUUAGACAUGGAAGGAAUACAGCAAAUGCUGACGACCCCGAACGCUAGCGUGGCCUCCGUGUCCCAGAAGACCCGUAGUACGAGAAAUUCAACAGCUCCACUGGAUACCACUGUGCAACUAGAAGGAGUUCAACAGCUACUGAACACUCCGGCGGCAUCUGUUUCCAAAAAGCGCUCCUCAGUUUCAAAUUCCAACGUUAUGAAUGAAACAGACAUCGACACUACCUUAGACAUGGAAGGUCUACCACAAAUACUGGCAACUCCGAAAGCUAAUGAAGCCUCCAUGUCUCACAAAACCCGUAAUACUAGGCAUUCUACCGCUCCAUUGAAUAGCGCUAUGAAAUUGGAAGGGGUUCAAAAGCUGCUGCAGACACCGGUGGCGGCGCAAAUGUUGCCGAACGAUUCGUACAACUUGGAUGGAGUUGAACAGCUAUUGAAAACUCCAGCUACUACCGCCGGUAUGUCUAUGCGCAGUUCAACUACCUCGAAGAUGUUAGAUUCAAUCGUCAAUUUCUCAGUCGUGAAUCAAACGGUAGACACCUUAACGGCUUCCAUUUCAAAUGAGCUGUUUGAAACAUCAGAGACAGAGUCAAACUGUAUCACACCUGCGAAAAUGGAAGACACGGCAACAGCCAAUGCUGACGAAGUGAUUUUGUCAGUCAAACAACUAGAUACUCCGGCAUCCAGCAUGAACCGUUCGACGAAAAACUCAACCGCAUCAGAGAGCUUCGACUUGGAAGGAGUUCACCAAUUACUGAAAACGCCGAUCACUGUCAGAAAAUCUCCAAGAGGUUCUUUGACCGGUAGUCCCAAUUUGACAGGCGUUCAGCAGUUGAUGGCAACUCCAGUAUCGUCACCACCAGUGUCUUCAAAGAAAAGCCCUGCUGUGCCCAAAACGCCAGGUGCUGUUAACUUGGAUGGUGUUCAACAACUGUUCAAAACCCCUGGGGCACCGCUGACAGGUCGUAAAACCUUGCGAUCCUCAACCAUUGCGAUUACGCCACACGCAUUAGCAUCUCCAAACGAUUCAACUUCAUUAGAAGGUGUUUACCAACUUCUGAAAACCCCGGAUAAUACAAAAUCGUUGCGUCGAUCGGCUGUAGCUACCGAGUUGAACUCAACAGUGAGCAACAGUUCCAAUUUGACAGGAGUUCAACAGCUACUGACAACACCGGAGGCAUUCACUUCCGAAAAGCUAUCGAAUACGCCGGCAGCAUUGAACACAUCGGAUCGCAAUGAAACUGUUGACAUGGAUGGCAUACAGCAGUUGCUUACGACACCACAUACGACACCUGUGCUGAACAGUUCCGUGGAUCUGGAAGGUCUCAAGCAGUUGUUAGAUACUCCAGUCGUUAAAGGCGCACCAAACGAUUCCGCCCACCUCGAGGGUAUCCAACGGCUAUUGACUACUCCGGCAGCAGCGAAAAAAUCUUUGCGGAGUUCAGCCUUGGACAAUGAUCUGAAUUUAACAGGAGUUCAGCAGCUUAUGGUAACACCGCAAGCAACAUCUACGGUGAAGAGAAUUACGACAGUUCCCAAAACACCCAGCGGCGACGCAAACUUUGACGGAGUUCAGCAAAUGUUCAAAACUCCUGUAGCUUUAACGGGAUCGCGCAGAAACAUGAGAUCGAAUGUAACCAAGAUCAACCUCGACGAGAGCAUCAACUACGACGGGCUUCAACAGCUCCUGGGAACACCAGUAGCGUCUACUCCGAUUGUAAAAUCAACCAGGAACGAUUCAAUUCCCGAUAGCACCAUGGACUUGGAAGGAAUUGACCAAUUACUAAGUACACCUGUUGCAAUUGCUUCCACUAGCGACAAAAUGCGUUCCCCGAUUGUUUCCGGGUCGAAGUCUCCGAUCGAGCAAACAAGUAUGCGAAAGAGCUUAAGAACUUCAGUCCUGAAAUCUGGAUUGAACAAUUCCAGUCAUCUGGAAGGUAUCGAAAAGAUGCUACAGAGUCCUGUUGUUAAAGGAACAACGUUCAAUAGCAUCGCUCUACUGGAAGGAGUUGAUCAACUGUUGCAAACCCCACACAACACUUCUACAACAAAGGCACCUCUCAAAACGCCACAGGAUGUUUCCGCCAAUUUGAGCAAUGUGCAGCAGCUAUUCCAAACUCCCAAUCCACCUUCUGCCCAGAAACGUCAAAACAGAUCCUCGAAGGCAGCUGAAGUAUCUUCCACCACGCCAAAUGUUUUUGACAAAUCCGUCAAUUUAGAGGGAUUGGGACGAGAUGAGCAACUGCAGAACACCAACGCCGUUAAUCUCAACCUUAAGAACAAAUUGGAUUCAGUGCCAGUAGUAUCAUCCGGCUCAACCAUUCAAACGAGCCGAAGCAGCGAUCUGUUUUCUCCUCCUACCGAUGAUCAAUCCUCGUCAGAUACUGUAAAUGUGGCAGGAAUCAUACAGAUGCUAGAUACUUCUAAUCUCACAGCUGUUGAAGAUAAAUCACCCAAAGAUACUGGAGAUAAACUAGAAGAAACACCUGCCGUAGAAAAAGCUAACCAGCCUGACAUCCUUGAACAAACCCGUGAUAGUCUCCCGAAAAGUGUUCUGCCAACUCCGGCUGCAACUCCGGCGAAACUGGUCAAUGUCAGCGUAACGGUUAGUACGGAAAUAGGAACUCCAACGCAACAAAGACUGCGCCGUAAGCUGUACACCAAGAACGACCCGGACGACAAAACACCUGAAAGGAUCAAGUCAACCGUUGUGCGCCCUGUAACAAGCAACGAGUAUCUGCAUAUCAUGGACCCUAGCACUCUUACCAAGGAGGAGACCAGUGAAGAGAAGCGAAAUCGUCUUGGCAAGAAAUUGACCAAACCGACGGAAGAAUUGACGGAUUCAGAAUCGGACAGCAACAGCGAAUACGAAAGCGUGGAAGUGGUGGAACCUGUUCGGAAAAUAUUACCAUCCAGAGCUUCACGAAGGAAUAUCAAAACUUUGUCGGAGGAAGCGCUGGCUGGAGCCUCUCCAGAGCUGAAGUAUGUCAAACCGAAACCACCGAAAAUUGUUGAAGAACCAUCCCCGGUGAUUGUUGCCGAAACUCUGCCUACGAUUAAUGAAGAUUCCGCUAUCAAUACCGAAGACUUGUCCGCUGGUCGCAGAAAAGUGAUGUUCAAUGAGAACAUCCAGAUUAAGGAGAUCAACUCACCUGCAAUUGUUGGCGACAUUAUUCAGAAGGUGUCACGAGGACGCGGAGGCAAGCAUCAGAAGGCAGUUCAAGUUAUCGUUGAGCAGCACUCGAUCAAGCCCGCAAGACGUGAUAACAAGUAUGAGCAAAAAGAUGACGAAUCAAACAAACUCGAAGAGGAAACAGACACAUCAAAACGUUCUCGACGGGGUACCAAGAGGGUCAAUUAUGCUGAAGAAACUAACGAGAAUACCAAAACAAAUGAGACCAUGAAGCGCUCCCGUCGUGGUGCGAAUAAGGUGGACAACGCGGAAAAGAUCAUAAACGAAGCAGAUGCAUCCGCCACAAAGGAAAUCGAUGUCAAAACAACGAAACGUUCCAAGCGUGAAGCGAAGAAACACGAAAGCCAGUCUUCUGAACAAAUAGUUGAGACGGAAACAGCAUCUAGUGUGAACACUGAAGAGACGUUUGAAAAGGAUCAUGCUGAACAGCCUGGAAGUACGGAGCCGGACGUUAAAGAAGGCGGUGUUAUUGAAGAAUCCGACGUUAAUGUUCCAGAAACACAAGCAAAUGUUGCUGAUUCUGCAAGCAGUAUUUCUGAAGAGAACAAGAAAGUCGAAGAGUCCAAACCUAAGCGAACACGGCGACCAACAGCGAAGUCCAAAGCAGAGCCUAAGAAACCGUCGUCAAGGUCUAGGUCCAAGAAAGCUGAAAUAGUACCUGAAGUCGAGGAAAGUGAAAAGGAAGCUACUUCAAAUGAUCAAGCAGUACAACUCGAAGGAAGUGAAGAUGAUACUGUUAAGGCAAAUGAGGAACAGCAACCUAGUCAGCUUGAGACCAUCACGGUUGAUGCUUCCGAUGCUAAAGCUGAUAAGUUGAAUAUGCUAAGUGAUGAGGGAGCAGUGGAUGCUAAGGAAGAAGGCGUCGUAGGCGUACAAACCGAAGAACUUGCAGCAAAACGUUCUCGUAGACCUGCUAGAAAGACUAAACCAGAGCCCAACAAAGCAUCGUCGAAAACCAAUUCUACGAAAAUGUAUGCGGAAGAGAAACAGGAAACUUCCCAACAUGAAACGACUGCAAUUGCUGAAGAAUCUAAACGAACCGAGCUGCACGCGAACCAAGAGUCUUCUCAUCCAGCUGAGGAUACCACUGAUGUGAACGAAAAGCCUGCAGCCAAACGAUCCAGGCGCGCACCAUCGAAAGUGGCAAAGGAUAUUACACCACCAGAGUCCAUCAAUGCUGAAGCGCAGUCAUCAAAUGGGGAGACUGAACACCAAGAAGAAAAGGACGCUGAAACCGUCUCCGGCAGAGGUAAACGUGGGGCAAAGAAGACAACGUCUAGAUCUGCCAAGUCAAAGGUAAUUGACGUGCCUCCGGAUUCUACCAAAGGAGAGGAAGCCGUCGUUAAAGCUGCUGAGGAAGCUUCCGAGUCAACAGAAACGGAAAAAGCGAAACCUGCACCUCGAACAGUCAAGAGUCGCCAACGGCGAGUUGCUGCAACUACGACGGAAAAGGUUGAUGAUUCCAUUCCCAAGAUGGAGAUCCAAGUAUCUGCAGAAUCUACUGAUAUUUCUGCAAAGGCCUUACACAUUGUGGAAGCACCAGUUGUUGAACAAGCUGUUGCAGAUUCCACCAGUCAAGAUGAACCACAACCAGCACCAAUGAAGCGAAGUCGCAACACGCGAAAACCGGCAUCGAAAGCUAAAACACCAAAAGAAGAACAGCCGAUGGUGGAAGAGGAUGAGGUUGCAGCUAUGCCACCCCCUGCGAUGAUUAUCACUGCAGAACCAGAUGAAUCUGCUUCAAAGAAAUCUGUUAGAAGAGGGCGUCAAAAACCUGUAGCGGAAGAAUCUCACCCAGAGCUUCACCACACCAUUGAAGAAUCGCUUAAUGAAUCUCGUAUGGUGAAGACAAUGCUGCCAUCUUCACAUACAUCGACGCCACUAAUGCGAAUCGAGGAAGAGAAACCUAAAACAACACGAGGAGGACGCACGCGAAAGCUUAACCCAGCCGUCGCUGCAUUGAUAGAAGCUGAGGUCACCACCACGCCGAAUAGAAGUUCACCUCGAAACCUUCGCGCUGGAUCUCAGAGCAGAACGGAGGACAGUCAAACUGCUCAAACAGCAUUAAAGGCGAAAACAUCUCGCACUCGUAAUGCCCCGAAAAUGAAGUCCGUUGAUGUUUCGCAUGACCAGCCCCAAAGCGAGAAACAUACAUCAAACGUGAUCGCCGAAGAGGAUCCAACAGAAGUCAACGAUGCCGCUGAUAUCGCACCAUCCAAGGCUCGCAAGAACCCUCCUACUAAGCGAGUACGCGGUAAAGUAGUUGAGCAGUCCGAAUCGGACGAACACCAGGAAGUAGCACCAAAGCGAGCCCGAAAAGUCCCCACCAAAUACCGCGAUGUACAAGCAGAAGUCACUGAAGAAGUCAGCAAAGAUAUCGUGGAACCUACACGAAACCGGCGUGGUGCCAAAUCGGUUAAACAGGUCGAAGAACCUACUACAACAACAACAACCGAAGCAAGCGAAACCAACGAUGAAUCGGAAACAGUUCAAGCUAAGCCGUCGAGAAGCCGAAAAGUUCCAGCCAAAUACCAAGAAACUCGACCGGAUAGUGCAUCCAAGUUGGAAGACACCGAAGAUGCUAGUAAGGAAAACGUAGAACCUACUCGCAAUCGUCGAAAUGCCAAACCAACCAAGAAGACCGAAGAAGCUACGAGGACACUCGCAACAAAAGCAACGACCGAAACAAACGAUAAAUCGGAAGAUGUGGAAGUAAAACCAUCGAGAAGUCGAAAGGUGGCAGCAACUAAACGGCCUGCUGCAGCAUCUCGAAAGAAGGUUGUGGACGUAGCGGAUACGGAGGAGGACGAAGCUUCUGCGGUUAAGCAAACGCGCGAAAACGAGGAACCAGUAGAAACAAGUAGCAGUCGCAGACGACCGCUGCGAACGCGAAGGUAAACUGUUAUCUGUGGGUCAAUCAGCUGUCUGUAAGGAUCUCGUUAUGCUUCUGUAAGUUUUGUUAGUUCGUAUUCGUCGAGUUCAUAUGACCGUAUAUUAACUGUUACAUAUUGGUAUUUUGAUUAACUUUUUAUUUAACUAUCGACUAAAAACCUUGUAUUUUUAAAAGAGAACUAAUUAAAUAAUCCCUGAAUUUGUAUUGACAAGUACUGAA